AUGGCUUCUCAAUCGGCAACCGCAGGGGCUUCCAUCCCUACCCUAAAACUCAACGACGGCAAUGUAGUUCCGGUGCUUGGGUUUGGUGUGGGCACCGCUCACUUCAAAAGAGGCACUACGGAUUUUGAUGACAAGGUCCUGGAGGUAGCCAAAAUCGCCAUUGAUGUAGGCUUUCGACAUCUAGAUGGCGCAGAAGCCUAUGGAAAUGAAGAAGAGCUGGGCAGGGCUAUCAAACAGUCCGGAGUCCCUAGAGAGCAGCUCUUUGUCACGACCAAGAUGCAUGCUACCAAACCGCAGACCGUCAAAGAUGCAUUUAAUAAUUCGUUGACGAAGCUCGGCUUGGAAUACGUUGACCUCUACCUUCUCCAUGGCCCAUGGUACGCCAAAACCGAGGAGGAGCUCCAGGCGAGAUGGGCGGACGUGGAGAAGCUCAAGGAGUCUGGCCGAGCCAAGUCAAUUGGCGUGUCCAACUUUCUCCAGGAGGACCUCGAGAAACUCCUCAAGACCGCCAAGAUUGUUCCUGCAAUUAACCAAAUCGAAUAUCAUCCUUACUUGCAGCACGGAAGUCUUAUCGACUUCCAUCGCAAGAACGAUAUUGCCGUUGCAAGUUACGGGCCUCUGACUCCCCUGACUCGAGCAAAGGGCGGACCUGUGGAUGACUUGUGGACGAAGCUCGCUGCUAAGUAUGGAGUGUCUGAGUCUGAUAUUGGCCUUCGCUGGGUCCUAGACCAGGGAAUAGUCGCACUCACUACGAGCUCUAACAGGGCAAGACUGGAGGGAUACUGGUCCAAUGUAUUCAAGUUCAAGCUGACUACGGAGGAGGUUGAGGAGAUCUCCAAGUUGGGUAAACAGAAGAAUUUCCGCGCGUUCUGGCACGAUAAGUUUGCCAGCGAUGAUUUCCGAUGA